CCACCAGACCCCCCCCAAAAUACAAAAGUCUAUUUUUAUACUUUUCGCAUUGUGUACAGUCUGGAAGCUACCCACAUGCCUAAUUUCAAGUUUGUUGCAUGUUUUCGAACAGACAUUCACAAAUUUCCUUUUUAUAUAUAUAGAUAAAUCAGCAUUUUGCGACCCCCACCGCCACCGUGUGGCAUGUUAUUACGUGCCAGGGACUCUGAGAGGACAACAGUCCGUGUCCAUAAUUGGCAAUAAGAAACGGCAAAGCAGUUACAAGCGACUCGCAGAAUUGUGCGCAGUUGCGUCUACAGUACACGACUUCUCUGAAGGCAUCAACACCUUCAGCGAGCACGAUGCCGAUCACACGCGUCAAAUAAAAAGCAAGGGACAAGUUCUUACUAACAACUCCUUACUAACAACUUCAUACUUAAUAACAACUCCUAUCAUUUUUCAUUGCUGGAGGGGUUUCCCCCCCUACCUGAAAAUCCUGGCUCCGCCUCUUGAGUGUGUGACAGUAUGAAGUUUAUAGUUGCAGUAACGUCUAUUAACUCCAUUGAGCACGGAGGUUUUCCCAAAACAGUAGUUGUAUUUUUUUUCAUCUGGAACUCUUUAUAAGAAUGGAGUCAGGAAGUUAUCACAGCACACGGUGCAGCUGAAGUCGGAACUGUUCAUCCCAGCAUUCAAGGACAUCUGUGCCUAGCUUCACACCUCUAAGUUGCGAUUGAACAUUAAUUUAUGCAUUUCUGCAGAACAAAAAAUUUAUUAUUUUCAACACCCUUUGCUAUGUCAGCUGAAUUUAGCUUUCAUAAAUAUUCCUUUUGAAGCCAGACAGCCGAAAUUGUAUGCUCUGAGUUUUGGGUUAACAUUCAUUUUGAAGAUACGAGGGCUUCCAGGCACAGUUAUAACCAUUUGCUCUCUCAUUGUGUGCCAUAACAGCCCGUGUGAUGAAUUUGGGACACUUUUUCACUAUAUCAUGAAUAUAUGAAUAAGUAUAGACGUGUAAGUCACGUGUGACUGUAUAUGCAUUCCUCUGUGCAUCGAUACUGAUGUGUAGAUGGUGGGGAUAUUCUUUUUUUCUGUCUGCAGCUGUCGCUUCCUCUGCAGAAUUUGUCUGAUGGAGCAAAGGCACUCGGCGCGGCUCGGUGCAAAAAGGCAUCAAUGCGACCUGUGUGCAUACAGCACGGAUCGUCCUGAACAUUUUACACAGCACCAGAGAACUCACACUGGAAAGAAACCCUUCAAGUGCAGUGUGUGUGGGAAGGCGUUUGCAGAGUCAUCUACUCUUCAUGUACACCAGAGAACACACACGGGAGAGAGACCCUUCAGGUGCAUUGUGUGUGGAAAGGCGUUUACACGUUCAUCUCAUCUUGUAGCACACCAGAGAACACACACGGGAGAGAAACCCUUCAAGUGCAGUGUGUGUGGGAAGGCGUUUGCAGAGUCAUCUACUCUUGUAGCACACCAGAGAAUGCACACGGGAGAGAAACCUUUCAAGUGCAGUGUGUGUGGGAAGGCGUUUUCACAGUCAUCUACUCUUGUAGCACACCAGAGAACACACACGGGAGAGAAACCCUUCAAGUGCAGUGUGUGUGGGAAGGCGUUUGCACAUUUAUAUACUCUUAUAACGCACCAGAGAACUCACACGGGAGAGAAACCCUUCAAGUGCAGUGUGUGUGGCAAGGCGUUUUCACAGUCAGCUAAUCUUGUAGCACACCAGAGAACACACACGAGAGAUAAACCUUUCAAGUGCAGUGUGUGUGGGAAGGUGUUUGCACAGUCAUCUGUUUUUAAAAAACACCAGAAAACACACACGGGAGAGAAAUCCUUCAGAUGCACUCCGUGCGGGAAGGCAUUUUCAGAUUCAUCUUCUCUUCAUGUACACCAGAGACCACACACGGUAGAGAGACCCUUCAGGUGCAUUGUGUGUGGAAAGGCGUUUACACAUUCAUCUCAUCUUGUAGCACACCAGAGAACACACACGGGAGAGAAACCCUUCAAGUGCAGUGUGUGUGGGAAGGCGUUUUUACUUUCAUCUCAUCUUGUAGCACACAAGAGAAUACACACGGGAGAGAAACCCUUCAAGUGCAGUGUGUGUGGGAAGGCGUUUGCAGAGUCAUCUACUCUUGUAGCACACCAGAGAAUGCACACGGGAGAGAAACCUUUCAAGUGCAGUGUGUGUGGGAAGGCGUUUUCACAGUCAUCUACUCUUGUAGCACACCAGAGAACACACACGGGAGAGAAACCCUUCAAGUGCGGUGUGUGUGGGAAGGCGUUUUCACAGUCAGCUAAUCUUGUAGCACACCAGAGAACACACACAGGAGAGAAACCCUUCAAGUGCAGUGUGUGUGGGAAGGCGUUUUCACAGUCAAUUAAUCUUGUAGCACACCAGAGAACACACACAGGAGAGAAACCCUUCAAGUGCAAUGUGUGUGGGAAGUUGUUUUCACAUUCAUGUUCUCUUGUAGCACACCAGAGAACACACACGGGAGAGAAACCCUUCAAGUGCAGUGUGUGUGGGAAGGCGUUUGCACAUUCAUCUGCUCUUCAUGCACACCAGAGAACACACACGGGAGAGAAACCCUUCAAGUGCAGUGUGUGUGGGAAGGCGUUUUCACAGUCAGCUAAUCUUGUAGCACACCAGAGAACACACACGAGAGAGAAACCUUUCAAGUGCAGUGUGUGUAGGAAGGCAUUUUCACAGUCAGCUAAUCUUGUAGCACACCAGAGAACACACACGAGAGAGAAACCUUUCAAGUGCAGUGUGUGUGGGAAGGUGUUUGCACAGUCAUCUGUUUUAAAAAAACACCAGAAAACACACACGGGAGAGAAAUCCUUCAGAUGCACUCCGUGCAGGAAGGCAUUUUCAGAUUCAUCUCUUCAUGUACACCAGAGAACACACAUGGGAGAGAACCCCUUCAAGUGCAGUGUGUGUGUGAAGGCGUUUGCACAGUCAUCUGCUCUUCAAAGACACCAGAGAACACACAAGCAUCAGAAGAUCCACAAGGAGCAUCAAUGCGACCGGUGUGCAUACAGCACGGAUGGUCCUGCACAUUUGACACGGCACCAGAGAACUCACACAGGAGAGAAACCCUUCAAGUGCAGUGUGUGUGGGAAGGCGUUUUCAGAUUUAUCUACUCUUGUAAAACACGAGAGAACACACACGGGAGAGAAACCCUUCAAGUGCAGUGUGUGUGGCAAGGCAUUUUCACAGUCAUCUAUUCUUGUAGCACACCAGAGAACACACACGGGAGAGAAACCCUUCAAGUGCAGUGUGUGUGGGAAGGCGUUUGCAUGUUCAUCUACUCUUGGAGCACACCAGAGAACACACACGGGAGAGAAACCCUUCAAGUGCAGUGUGUGUGGGAAGGCGUUUGCACGUUCAGCUCAUCUUGUAACACACAAGAGAACACACACGGGAGAAAAACCCUUCAAGUGCAGUUUGUGUGGGAAGGCGUUUGCACUUUCACCAAAUCUUCAAAGACACCAGAGAUCACAGAAGCAUCAGAAGAUCCACAAGGAGUGGAGUCUGAAAUCAGCUUGUGAAAGUCAAAGUGCCUCAAUGAGCCCAUCCCUCAUCAAACAAGAACCGGAAGAAAAUCCCAGCUUGGACACUUUCAAAGAAAUCAAGGUGAAAUAUGAAGAGGUGAAGGUGGAAUGUGAAGAAGAAGAUUCAAUUCCACAUCGAUGGAGACAACGUGAAGCAGGAGGAGAAUUCUGACUGAGGCAGAGCGAGGCAACUCCCAGCAGUUUGUGGAAGUGGAGGUGUGGGUGGACUUCCUCCGAGACAAUACAAAGUCAAAUGGAGACCCGGGAGAUCCGUAAGCCUUAGACCAGUGGUUCUUAACCUGGGUUCGAUCGAACCCCAGGGGUUCGGUGAGUCAGUCUCAGGGGUUCGGCGGAGGUUAGGACACACACCUGACUCGUAUGAUUGUGCACCAGUAAAACAGACGGUGCGUUUUUUUUAAAAUUAGCUUCUUGUUAAUGCGAUGUAACCUAAUGCAGUGUAUUUCAGUGCAGUCAUUCAAUUUUGUUAAUAUGCCUGUCACUAAUUUAGAAUGAAUACUUGUCUGAUGGUGUGCGUAUAUGUAACCUUUUGUCUAUAAGGGUCAAACAUUGAAUAAGUCAUGUUAGGACACAGUGUGUGUUUUGCAAGUAACCUGUACAGAUAACUCAGGUGAGACUCAUUGUUCUUGUGAUACAGGUCAAAGGGUAUUUUUGUGUUUUCAGGAAGCAUCUCUCUCUGGAGCAACUCAUUGUCUUUGAAAUAGGGAGCACACGCGGAUCAUUCAUCUGUUACAAGGCAAACCACUCAAAAGUUACACGUAGAGGAGAUACAUUCUCUACAACACGAAUUAUAAUUUUGUAUUAUGUGAGACACAUUCUGACCAGCCCCCCCGCCCACGUGACCAGCCCCCCCCGCCCACGUGACCAGCCCCCCCGCCCACGUGACCAGCCCCCCGCCCACACGAUGACGUCACCACGGAGGGAGGUGCCCCAACCAACCCGAGCGCGAUGACGUCACCACGCAGGGAGGCGCCCCAACCCGAGCGCGAUGACGUCACCACACGGGGAGGCGCCCCAACCAACCCGAGCGCGAUGACGUCACCACGCAGGGAGGCACCCGAGCGCGAUGACGUCACCACACGGGGAGGUGCCCCAACCAACCCGAGCGCAAUGACGUCACCACGCACGGGGGCGCCCGCCACCCCGACCGCGAUGACGUCACCACGCACGGGGGCGCCCACCAACCCGAGCGCGAUGACGUCACCACGCACGGGGGCUCCCACUAACCCGAGCGCGAUGACGUCACCACGCAGGGAGGCGCCCCAACCAACCCGAGCGCGAUGACGUCACCACGCACGGUGGCACCCACCAACCCGAGCGCGAUGACGUCACCACGCAGGGAGGCGCUCCAACCAUUUUUUUUUAAAA